UGCAGUGAUGUUUCAUUGACAAGCUGGAUGCUGUGCUGCUGUUGUUCUCUUUCAAUAAAGUUCAAGCCAGCCUAUGCCUUUAAAGGUAAAUUCUGGCUGCUUGCCUUCCACAUGCUUGGUGCAGGUUUCUGCUCCCUCCUCUAAUCUCUACUAGAUGUUUUUUGCAUGUGUUAUGUGACAGCAGGAAAAGGCAGUGGGUUGAGCUUGCCUGUUCUCCCAUUGUCAGUUUGCCUUUGCUGUUCCAGGGAAAACCUGUCUGAGAGAUCCUGUAUCAUCUGUGUGCAUGUGGACAGAAAAAAGUCAGUAGUACAGCUCUGUAAGCUCCUGUCUUCCUUUCAUUCAGCUCCCACACAGUGAACUGAAGCACAAAGAGCUGUGAUUCCUCCACCGGGCAGCAGCAGAGCAGAGAGCAGAGGAGAUCCUUCAAUGAAGCAAAUGGAUCUUUAAGCCCCAGCACUGCAGCACUCAUUCUUUUUUCCUCUCGCUACACAACAGUUGUGCCUCAUUAUCCGGUGCCUGCUUCAUAUUGCUCCAGAUUGCCUGAACUUUGCAAUCUUUUUCCAGACGGAGGGAUGGUGAGCUUAAUUGUACCUGUGUGGGUGAAAUGAAACUGACCUAAGUCACCUGUUCCCCAGACUUGUAAGAACCCUUAAGACUGCAGCAAGGGGACACCAAGCUGCAGAGAGAUCUAGGAUCUGCUUGCUCCUCAGCAUGGGCUCCUUUACUGGGAUUGCAUUUCUUUUCUUGGGAGUAUCAGUAACAACAAGGGUGAACUGUCAGAAUGUCAAAAAUAACGUGCCAAGGGUCAAAUUAUCCUACAGAGAAAUGGUGGACUCCAACAGUCUAAUAACAUUCAAUGGCUUGGCCAACAGCUCAAACUACAACACAUUUGUAUUAGAUGAAGAGCGGGGAAGACUAUAUGUUGGAGCUAAAGAUCAUAUAUUUUCUUUCAAUGUGGCAAACAUCAAAGAAUUUCAAAAGAUUAUUUGGCCUGUAACUAACACCCGAAGAGAUGAAUGCAAAUGGGCUGGGAAAGACAUUACAAGAGAAUGUGCCAAUUUUAUUAAGGUUCUGAAGGUUUACAACCAAACUCAUUUGUAUGCAUGUGGAACUGGAGCUUUUCACCCUGUCUGUACCUAUGUUGAUGUUGGCCACUAUCCGGAGGAUAACAUAUUUAAGCUUGAAGAUGCACAUUUUGAGAAUGGCAGAGGGAAGAGUCCAUACGACCCUAAACUAUUAACUGCUUCCAUUCUAAUUGAUGGGGAACUAUAUUCUGGGACUGCAGCAGAUUUUAUGGGAAGAGAUUUUGCUAUUUUCCGCACGCUUGGAAAUCAUCAUCCAAUUAGAACAGAGCAGCAUGACUCCAGAUGGUUAAAUGAUCCCAGGUUUGUUGGUGCAUAUAUAGUACCAGAAAAUGACAACUCAGAAGAUGAUAAAGUCUACUUUUUCUUUCGUGAAAAUGCAAUAGAUGGCGAACAUACAGGAAAGGCCACACAUGCACGAAUAGGACAGCUUUGCAAGAAUGACUUUGGCGGGCACAGAAGUCUGGUUAACAAAUGGACCACAUUUCUAAAGGCUAGAUUAAUUUGCUCUGUUCCCGGUCCUAAUGGAAUUGAUACACAUUUUGAUGAAUUGCAGGAUGUGUAUUUAAUGAAUUCCAAAGAUCCUAAGAACCCAGUCGUGUAUGCUGUUUUUACAACAUCAAGUAAUGUAUUCAAGGGUUCAGCUGUAUGCCUGUACAGCUUGUCAGAUAUACGACGAGUGUUUCUGGGUCCAUAUGCUCACAGAGAUGGUCCAAACUAUCAGUGGGUGCCGUAUCAAGGACGAGUUCCUUACCCAAGGCCAGGAACUUGUCCCAGCAAGACUUUUGGAGGCUUUGAUUCAACAAAAGAUCUCCCAGAUGAAGUUAUAACAUUUGCUCGGAGCCAUCCAGCUAUGUUCAAUGCAGUUUUUCCCAUCAACAACCGACCCAUUAUAAUUAAAGCAGAAGUUGAUUAUCAGUUUUCCCAGAUCGUGGUUGACCGUGUGGAAGCAGAGGAUGGCCAGUAUGAUGUAAUGUUUAUUGGAACAGAUAUAGGAACAGUUCUAAAGGUAGUUUCUGUUCCCAAGGAAACUUGGCAUGACUUGGAAGAAGUCCUUUUGGAAGAAAUGACUGUGUUCAGAGAGCCUACUGCUAUUACAGCCAUGGAGAUUUCCACAAAGCAACAACAACUGUACAUUGGCUCCCCUGUUGGAGUUUCCCAGCUCCCUUUACACCGCUGUGAUGUUUAUGGAAAAGCAUGUGCUGAAUGUUGUCUUGCCAGGGACCCCUAUUGUGCCUGGGAUGGUUCUUCAUGCUCCCGCUACUUCCCAACUGCUAAAAGGCGUACAAGACGGCAAGAUAUCAGAAAUGGUGACCCACUAACACACUGUUCAGAUCUACAACACCAGGAUGAUCCACACAGACAGAACCUGGAAGAGAAGAUAAUCUAUGGUGUAGAGAACAGUAGCACAUUCCUGGAAUGUAGCCCUAAAUCACAGAGAGCCAUGGUUUUCUGGCAGUUCCAGAAACAGCAUGAAGACAAAAAGGAGGAGAUGAGGAUGGAUGAUCGUAUAAUUAAAACCGACCAUGGCCUACUCCUUCGCACUCUGAAAAAGAGGGAUUCAGGGGUAUAUUACUGUAAUGCAGUAGAACAUGGAUUUAUGCAAACUCUCCUCAAAGUAACUUUGGAGAUUAUUGAUACAGAACAUUUAGAUGAGCUUCUGCACAAAGAUGAGGAUGGAGAAACCCAAAAGCACAAAGAACCAUCAAACAGCAUGUCUCCAACACAGAAAAUAUGGUAUAGAGACUUCAUGCAACUAAUUAGUCACCCAAAUCUUAACACAAUGGAUGAAUUCUGUGAACAAGUAUGGAAACGAGACCGCAAACAACGUCGGCAAAAAAAUACAAAUGCCCAAGUUAGUUCCAAUAAAUGGAAGCACCUACAAGAAAAUAAGAAAGGCAGGAACAGGAGGACCCAUGAAUUUGAAAGGGCGCCAAGGAGUGUCUGAUCUGAAUUACCUCUUCAAACCUCAUCCGAGUAGGAUUUGUAUAGACAUUAAACUGGAAAAAUGCAAUAUUCAUGAAUAUUUUCAUGGCAUUAUUUGGAUGUUUACAGGGUGGAAAGUUCCACAAAUUUUCCACUACUUAAAAUACAUUAGUAAUUUUCCAAAUAGACUUAGACUACAUAGUCAAAAAUGUAAGGUUUUAAAGACAAAGUGUCUCAGCUUGGUUUUCCCAUUUCUAAACAAUUCUCAUCAGGUUGUUGAUAUUUGUACUUCCUUCCUUUCCCAAGAAGAAACUGUUUACCAUCCUGCCAUUGAAAUGAGAAUUGCCUAGCAUCAGUCAUCAACACCGCCCCACAACUAAGAAUAAGGUUGAAAUCCUUGCUACUAUUUCAUAUAACUGAAAAGCCUAUUGGAUGCAUAUAUAUAUUUUUCCCAACAUGAGAAGUCGGAAUGGUGCCUGGGAAUACACAAAAGAAAAUGAACAGCUGCAAGAAGACUAAGUCCACUAAACAGCAAACAAGUUGGGCUUAGUGAUCUACUACUGAUAAUAACUCCAACCAGCUUUGACCUGAAGUUGCAAUGUACUUUAAUUUAAAUGACAAAUAUGCAGUGAAUUUAAGAUGCUUUUAUUUUUUAUUUUAUUUUUGCCCUUAAUAGUUGUAGCACAGACUUUUCUUUUUCUGGCAUGUAUAAUUUCACAAAAAAUAUAUUUUUUAUUUUAUUUUUGGUUUAAUGUUUUCGUUUUAAAAAAGUGACACAUUGGAUUAGUGAUGAAUAAUUAUAGAAAUGGGAAUAAUAUUUAACAAAUGUUAAAGUACAUUUAAAAAAAAUGUAGGCAAUGUCCUACAUUCGACUAAUCAGAAAACAAAUAUUCUGAAUAAAAGAUGUUUUGGAUCCACUAAAUAAUGACUAACCAUUAAGAGUACAAAUCGGUAAUUACAGAAUUUUCUGUAUGUUAUGGUGAAUUAAGGUGUUAUGCCAGCUGCAUUCAUUUUGGUUUAUAACUAUGCCACAUGCAUGUUCCAACAUAAUUUAUAUAUUCAGAUUUCAGAAAGAAAGUAGAGCAGACAACACAGGUACAGAUGCAUAAAAACUGGAGACACAAGAACCAUAUAUAUUAAACCUCAUGACCAGAUUCCAGCUCCAAUAUUUUAUUUUCAAUUAGAACAUUUAAUAUAAACCUUUAGCCUGUAUAUUAACAGUAAGCCUACCUGUGCAGUUCUGUUGCUCCAGUUUUAAUACAUUGGGCCUAUGUGUCUGGUAUAACUGCUCUGUGAACUGUACCUGUACAUAUGUCAAUAUUUGCAAUCAUUUUUUGCAGAUUAUUUUAAACAUACAUUAAUAUUUGUGAAGUUAUGUACAAAUGGAGGUGUUUCAAAUAUUCUCUUUGUCCCAACGCUGUUUAAUAAAGUUUGCAUCCAGUAGUUACUUGGAGCAAAAUACGUGUUUGAUAGAAAUUAAAUUGUACAAAUUUUCCACUACAGGGUUUUAAUUUACAUGUACUAAUAAAAAUAACGAACUUUUCAUGAAAUCCUACAUUGACAGCAGUAUGAUGCCAAAGAGGUUCGUGCACUAUUGGUUUGUAUUAAAUAUGCUAAGAAUGCAUCUAGUUAGAAAAAAAAAAAAAGCAAUCUUGAAACUGUAGUAUCCAGUGAUCUGACUACAUUAGACUUGCUAUGGCAUUUUUCAAAUUAUCAUAAUUUGUUGCAGUGCUUAUUUUCAAAAUGUAUGUGUUAAUAUAAUAUAUAUUUAUAACAAAGUAGAACUAUGUGGACCCAGAUAAAUAUACAGUUGAAAUAUGGGAACUGUUCAACCUGCAUAAAGAUUUGCAUUCUGUUCAGUCAGAUUUGAGUCUCACACCUUUCCUACACCAAACAGCAAGUCAGAAAACGUCCCUAUUUUGUGAGCUUAGCAAUUGGUCUGAACGUUAGGUUGGACCAAACUUGCCUGAACACCAUAAGUUUAGGGCAUUUGGCAUAGAUGAACAAGAGAGCUUGUGGCUGUAAAGGGUUGCUAAGGAAGUAGCAGAUGUUUGCAGCCGUUGCAUCCUUACCGACCACUGACACAUAAGUGUGUCACCCCACACUCAUUUACAUAAGCGAAUGGAUGGGGAAUGGAGACAGUUAAAUCAUUGCCUAAUUAUUGCCACAAAUGACGAUAUUUAGGUAAAGAUAUCCCCACUAUCCUGGCUGUCAAUGGUCGUUAAGGAAGCAGUGACUGUUUGCACAAUUGCUGGUAGCACCCAUCCCAUUCACUUACAAUGGCAGGGAAUCUCCAGCCAUGCAAGAAAAUAGGCAGGGAUGGGACCUUACAUUAUUGCCCAAAUAUGGCCAUGGGGCCACCAUAUUUGGGCAAUGAUGUCACCACAAUCCUUUCCUCUUCCUUUAUAUAUACAAUGUCAGCUCAAGGGAGCUGCAAUUUGGAUAGUGUUUCCAUUGAGGAUUGGUUGUGUGUGACAGGUCAUCUGUUUUUUUUUUCCAAGUCAGCAGUGAUGGACAUCUCUAGGGAUCUGCCAUGUAUUUUAGUGGACAUUUGGAGUUUGUGUGCCAUUUGCCCUUAAAAAAGAGGCAAGAAGGAGAUUGUAUUGCUUUAUAAAUGUCAGUGCUAAAAUAUCCCUUCUCCUAGCUGCAUGGAAUACAAAAAUAAAAAAACUUUUCAUUGGUACAUGUUUCACAGGGUAGUGCCCCUCCCAAUGCUAUGUUUUGGCAAUGCUCUCCUAUCAAUCCAGAAAAUAGGCAUUUUUAUUUUGAAAGAUUCACCUCCAAUUUUUUUAGUUCAGGUUCGGCAUCUGACUUUAUCUGGCUCAUCACUACUGAUGAUUGAACAAUAAAUGAGCAUCAUCACACUGCUCUAAUGAGCAGGUAAGUGACAUGAGAAACUGUGAAACAGAGCAAUGAAAUAGAGGGAUUUUUUUUCUGGCUAUGCAGUGUGACAGUAUGUGAAAUGUGUACAGCCGAAGACUGAAUAGAAUUAUAAAUUUCUUGUCAAUACAGUAGUUCAGAUGUGUGAUUUCAACAGUAUUUUAGCAGAUUGCCUGUAGUCAUCCUGUAAUUUCUACUCUAGAAUAAAGUUAUUAAUAAAAACGA